GGUUUUGCAGCUCUUUUCCUUUAUAAACCCACAUCCGGUUUCUUUCCCUCCUUUCUUACUCGCCUCCGUCCUCUAUCUCUUUUCAUCAGAGGAGCAGCGGCGACAGAGAAGGAGAAGGUGAAGAAGGAGAAGGGAUGGUCCACGUCAACUUCUACAGGAACUAUGGGAAGACCUUUAAGAAGCCGAGGCGGCCGUACGAGAAGGAGCGGCUGGAUGCGGAGCUGAAGCUGGUGGGGGAGUAUGGGCUGCGGUGCAAGCGCGAGCUGUGGCGCGUCCAAUACGCGCUGAGCCGCAUCCGGAACGCGGCGCGGGAGCUCCUCACCCUUGACGAGAAGAACCCGCGGCGGAUCUUCGAGGGCGAGGCGCUGCUGCGGCGCAUGAACCGGUAUGGCUUGCUCGACGAGAGCCAGAACAAGCUCGAUUACGUGCUUGCCCUGACCGUCGAGAACUUCCUCGAGCGCAGGUUGCAGACGCUUGUCUUCAAGUCGGGCAUGGCCAAGUCCAUCCAUCACGCCCGUGUCCUCAUUCGGCAGAGGCACAUCAGGGUUGGUAGACAGGUGGUCAAUAUACCAUCCUUUAUGGUCCGGGUGGACUCCCAGAAGCAUAUUGACUUCUCUCUUACAAGCCCACUUGGUGGUGGACGCCCUGGAAGGGUGAAGCGAAGGAACCAGAAAGCUGCUGCCAAGAAGGCAUCUGGUGGGGACGGUGAUGAGGAUGAGGAAGAUUAGAUUUCUGAUCUUCUUGAUGCGGCAGGAGGCAUCUGUUUCAGAUGGUGAUGAUGAGGAAGAACUUCGUUUUGUUUGCUUUCACUUGAGAGUAUAGACAUAUGUUCUUAGUUUUAUGAGGUGUGCUUUCUCUUUAGUUUUACUUAUAAUUCCCCAAUGAAGAAGAAGGAUUUUUGCGGGGUCCUUUUAGAUGUGAAUGCAGUGGCAGGUAUUGGAUUGAGUUGAACCUUACAGUUUGAUAGAUACAAGGAAUGGUUGGGCUAUGGUUAUGAAUAAUCCAUGUUUUAUCUAAUGGACCCAUUAGUGUUUUGGGAA